UAAAUCUCUCACUUGUUAACAGUUGAGUUUGCAUAAAUGUGUAUUUCCUGAGGAUGGAAUGUUUUUACGAUGUAUUUGUUUAUUUCUGCCCUGUUCGAGUUUCAUAUUGAUUUCUUUGAUUAAAAAAAAAAAGGGCCAUCUGAGAUAUUAAACAAAAAAAAAGUGAAUCAAAAACAUGCUGGUGGAUGUAUGGAAAACCCGACAGGUGUAAUUACUGUCAACCCAUCCACAUUGAGGCCAGUUUUACUCUCCUGUUGAACAGUUUUUCAGUCCUGCUUCUCUGUUUGGAGCCGUCAAUGAUUUAAAAAGUGUUUCAACUGUAUUUGAGUUUUUUAGGGGUUACAUUACUGUUUGAUUUUGACUCUAAUGCUGUUCUGUUGUCUGUCUGUAGGUUAUGGUGGCUUUGACGGCUACAAUGGUUUCAACAACUACUGUUUUGGAAACGGCAUGUUUGAUGAGCGAGUGAGAGGCGAAAGGGGAGGACGAGGCAUGGCCAGCCAAGGUUACAGUGGUCAAGCCGAUGGCUGUUCAGGGUUCCAUAGCGGCCUUGUCCAUAUGAGAGGGUUACCUUUCCGCGCCACAGAGGGAGACGUUGCUAAAUUCUUCUCUCCUUUGAAUCCACUGAGGGUCCACAUCGACGUGGCUCCUAACGGCAAGUCAACAGGAGAAGCAGAUGUGGAAUUUCGCUCCCAUGAAGACGCUGUGGCAGCCAUGUCCAAAGACAAGAACCACAUGCAGCAUCGCUAUAUUGAGUUGUUC